AUGGAAAAUCAAGAACAAUAUUCAAAGAUAGGGGAACAGAAUGACAUUGCCAUAUCGGCAGAACAACAACAAGAAGAACGAAAACCAGAUCCAGAAUUAAAGGAAGUUUUCGAUAGGAUAAAGACCCAUUUCCCGCCCGCCAAAGUUAAGAAGAUCAUGCAAACAGACGAAGAUAUUGGUAAAGUUUCUCAAGCUACACCAGUCCUAACAGGUAGAGCUUUAGAAUUUUUCAUAGCUCUAUUAGUUAAGAAAAGUGGUGAUAUUGCAAGAGAAAGUGGUACGAAGAGAAUAACUUCAGAUGUCUUGAAACAAACUAUUUUAACAGAUGAAAAAUUUGAUUUCUUAAGAGAAUACGUUUGUGGUGAAGAAGCUGCUGCUGCUGCUGCUGCUACUGCUGCAGCUUCCGCCUCCGCUGCGACUGUACCAUCUGCCUCUACUUCUGUUUCUGAGAAUAUUAAGAACGAAAUCGAUUGA